UAUAGUCUGUAUUUUGUCAAAGAUCAUAAAUUUAAUGUCAAAAUGACAUUUUGAAAUAUCAUCAAGCUUGUACUGAAUUACAUUGAGCUUACCGGUUCUCUUACAUUAAAAAUACCUUUAUUUUAUUAUUCUUCCAAUCAAAGAUAAAUAAUUAUGUUCCGCAACCAGUACGACAGUGAUGUCACAGUGUGGAGCCCUCAGGGUCGACUCCAUCAAGUGGAGUACGCUAUGGAAGCUGUAAAACUGGGCUCAGCCACGGUGGGACUUAAGAAUAAACAAUUUGCCGUCCUAAUAGCUCUCAAGCGGGCCGUGAGUGAACUGUCAGCUUAUCAGAAGAAGAUCAUUCCUAUUGAUGAUCAUAUUGGUAUUUCAAUAUCUGGAUUGACUGCUGAUGCUAGAAUGCUAAGCCGUUUCAUGAGGACGGAAUGCCUCAAUCAUCGAUAUGCUCAUGACGCACCAAUGCCGGUUGGCAGGUUAAUUUCUCUUGUUGGCAACAAGAUGCAGAUAUGUACCCAGCGGUAUGAUAAGCGACCUUUAGGAGUUGGCCUGCUGGUUGCUGGGUAUGAUGAUCAAGGUCCUCAUAUCUACCAGACAUGUCCUUCGGCCAAUUACUUUGACUGCCGUGCCAUGGCUAUCGGUGCACGAUCGCAAUCCGCAAGAACUUACUUGGAGAAACAUCUUAACACAUUCCUCGAUUGUGAUCUGAAUGAACUCGUAGCUCAUGGCCUAAGAGCUUUAAGAGAUACACUGCCAAAUGAGGUUGAUCUCAACAACAAGAAUGUAUCCAUUGCGAUUGUUGGUCCCAAUACGCCUUUAAGGAUUGCCGAAGAGCCCGACCUGACUCGUUACCUGUCUCUGGUGGAGGGAGAGGAACGUCGCGGCGGGGCCAGUGCUACGGGGGACGCGGGGGGCCCAGCGGAGGGGGAGGGGGAACCAGCACCUCAGAUGGCUAUGGACACGGAGUAAUCACAGACAGACUUCAAGUAGUAGCAGAUGGAGAAGAUACUCGGAUGACGGAAAUAGAAGAGCCUGGGACAAAAUCCGGUGAAGCCUUCGCAUCCAUUCUGCAUUUCUUACCAUUUUUUUCAUACUGCAAAGAUAUGCCUUGGCCAGUGUUUAGGUUCUGUGUUGGUAUAUGAUAAUUUUGUUCUCACGAAAUACAUCAAAGAAGAGGUAACAGUUUAAAAAAAAUCUCAGAAAAAUAGGGACACGAAAAAAUUUAAAAAUAAAGGUGAUAUGACUACUAUAAAUAUUUUAUUUUAAUUGAUGGUUAUAAAAUCUCUCCUAAAACAGUAUUAUCUCAAAAACUAAGACUAUUCCUCCUUUUUUUUUAUGUAUAUCAACCAAACGAUCUACGCACUGGCCAAGGCAAGAAAAAAAUAAUUUCUUAUUUGUUUUUCUAUCUAUGUAUCGCUUAAUGAAUAAAACUCAAAAAUAUGUUAUGUA